AGUGGCAUCACCUGAUUUGCCACACUCACUCCCUUCUGCUUUGAAUUGCUAGUCCGGGUUGGGGAAUACGGAGGAGGGAAGCGCCGGCGGAUUGCUCUGAAGAAAAGGUAGUCACAAAUCUGCCACUUGACUGCACAGAAGAACCUGGCAGAGGAGGAAGGUGAUCUUCUAGUCUAGGAGGAGGCUGUUUGGAGAGGAAGGGAAGAUGAGGGGAGAGCCACCUUCAGAUGUCGCGGAGUCAAAAAAAAGCCCAGGUGCCACCACGACUGGGAGCAGAAGGGAACUAUGGGAAGGAGCUGUGCCAAAAAGUCUGGGAGAUGUCCUUUCUUCAGAUGUGCAGCGCCAGCAAUUUAGGCAGUUCUGUUACCCGGAAGCUGUGGGUCCCCGAGAGGUCUGCAACCGACUCCACCGUCUUUGCCAGCAAUGGCUGAAGCCAGAAAGGCACAGCAAGAAGGAGAUGCUGGAUCUGGUGAUAUUGGAGCAGUUCCUGGCAAUCCUGCCCCUAGAGAUGGGGAACUGGGUCAGGGAAUGUGAGCCAGAGACCAGUUCCCAGGCUGUGUCCCUGGCACAGGGCUUCCUCUUGAGCCAGGCAGAGGAGCAGAAUCAGGACCAGCAGGUGCAGGAACAGAUCAGGCAAGAGAGUUACCCUGGAACAUCCUUUCCAGGUGGUGCCAUGGAACGGUCCCUUUGUAACAAAACAGCUUCUGUCAAGGCAGAUCAGCAUCUGGUGAUCUUUGAGGAGGUAUCUGUUCAUUUCACUGAGGAAGAGUGGGCUCUGCUGGAUCUGGACCAAAGAAGCCUUCACAAGGAAGUCAUGGAGGAGAAUCAUCAAAAUGUGACCUCACUGGAGGUUGAUGUUUCUCCAAAUGAACCCAAGAAAGAACCACAGCAGUUUAUGUUCACCAAAACUCAACAAAGAAGAAAUGCUGGAACAAAAUGGAAGAGGGGAAAUGAAUCUUCCUCCUGCCAGAGUGCUGAAUCUCAAGUGUUUGGUACAUACUCGAGAAUCCAUACAGGGGAGAAACCAAAUAAAUGUUUGGAGUGGAGAAAUAGCUUUACUUCGAGUUUGCAUCUUACUGUCCAUCAGCAUAAGCACACAGAGGAGAAACGAUAUAUAUGUUUGCAGUGUGGAAAGUACUUUUCUCAGAAUGCCCAUCUUGCUUCCCAUCAGUGUAUCCACACUGGGGAGAAACCAUAUAAAUGUUUGCAGUGUGGAAAAAGCUUUUCUCAGAAUAGCAAUCUUACUUGCCAUCAACGUAUCCACAGUGGGGAGAAACCAUAUAAAUGCUUGGAGUGUGGAAAGAGCUUUUCUCACCAAUCUACCUUUACAAGUCAUCAACGUAUCCACACUGGGGAAAAACCAUAUAAAUGCUUGGAGUGUGGAAAGAGCUUUUCUCAGCAUUCUACCCUUACAAAUCAUCAACGUAUCCACACUGGGGAAAAACCAUAUAAAUGCUUGGAUUGUGGAAAGAGCUUUACACAGAGUAACAAACUUACAUUCCAUCAACGUAUCCACACAGGGGAGAAACCAUAUAAAUGCUUUGAGUGUGGAAACAGCUUUAUUCAAAGUUCAGACCUUAUUGUUCAUCAACGUAUCCACACUGGGGAGAAACCAUAUAAAUGUUUGGAGUGUGGAAAAAGCUUUAUUCGGAGUUCAGAGGUUACUGCUCAUCGACGAAUCCACACUGGGGAGAAACCUUAUAAAUGCUUGCUCUGUGGAAAGAGCUUUGCUCAGAGUUCCCAGUUCACUAUCCAUCAGCGUAUCCACACAGGAGAGAAACCAUAUAAAUGCUUGGAGUGUGAAAAGAGCUUUUCUCAGAAAGGCAAUCUUAUUGCCCAUCAACGUAUCCAUACUGGGGAGAAACCAUAUAAAUGCUUCAAGUAUGGAAAGAGUUUUUCUCAGAAUGUCCACCUUACUUCCCAUCAUCGUAUAAUCCACACGGGUGAAAAACCGUUUAAAUGUUUGGAGUGUGGAAAGAGCUUCACACAAAGCACCACCCUUACAUUACAUAAGAGAACACACACCGGGGAGAAGCCAUAUGCGUGCCUGAAAUGCGAGAAGAGGUUUAGUCAUAGCUCAACCCUCACAUCACAUAAAAGAAUUCACACAGGAGAGAGACCAUACAAAUGUUUAGACUGUGAAAAGAGCUUCCGAAAAAGAGCAGAUAUGAAUUCCCAUCAAAGAAUUCACACAGGGGAAAAGCCCUAUAAAUGUUCAGAGUGUGGAAAAACUUUCAGGUGGAAUACUCAACUGAGCAUACAUCGAAGAACGCAUACAGGAGAAGAACCGUAUAAAUGCUCCCAGUGUGGAAAGAGCUUCAGUCGAAAUACGCAUCUCAUUUCACAUCAAAGACUCCAUACCGGGGAGAAACCAUAUACAUGUCCAGAGUGUGGAAAGAGCUUUAGCUGGUGUCGCAAUCUGUUGUCCCAUCAAAAAAUCCACCUGGUAGAAAAACCAUACAAAUGCUCACAUUGUGAGAAGGGGUUUGGAAACAGAACAGAUCUUAAUUCCCACCAGAGGAUACACACAGGGGAGAAACCUUACAAAUGCUUGGAGUGUGGAGAAACGUUCAGUUGGAGCACUCAGCUGUCUUCACAUCGAAGAACACACACAGGGGAGGAGCGUUUCAAAUGCUCAGAAUGUGGGAAGUGUUUCAGCCGGAGUACAAGCCUUUCUUCUCACCAAAGAAUCCACACAGGGGAGAAGCCAUAUGAAUGCUUUCAAUGCGGGAAGAGCUUCAGUCGGAACACAUAUCUUUCCUCACACCAGAGGAUUCACACUGGAGAGAAACCUUACCGGUGCUCAGAAUGUGGAAGGAGUUUCAGCCAGAGUGCCCAUCUUGCGUCCCAUCAACGGAUCCAUACAGGGGAGAAACCGUUUCAUUGUUCCGAGUGUGGGAGGAGCUUCAGUCAAAGACGAAACCUUUUAUCCCAUCAGAAGAUCCAUACAGGGGACAAGCCAUAUCAAUGCAAUGAGUGUGGGAAAAGUUUCAGCAAUACCUCUAACCUCAUCGCUCACGAGAGGAUCCACACAGGAGAGAAGCCAUAUAAGUGCUCUGAUUGCGGGAAGACAUUUAGGAAGAAAUCGACACUCAUUACCCACAAGAGAAUCCACACAGAAGAAAAACCAUAUGAAUGUUCUGUCUGUGGGAGGAGCUUCAGCCAGACCUCCAGCCUCAUUGCCCAUGAGAGAAUCCAUACAGAAGAAAAGCCAUAUGAGUGUUUAGAAUGUGGGAAGAGCUUCAGUUUGAAAUCAAGCCUAGUUGCCCAUGAGAGAAUCCACACAGGAGAAAAACCUUACAAGUGUUCAGACUGUGGGAAAAGCUUCAGCCAGAAAUCUGCUCUCAUUGCUCAUGUGAGGACACACAAAGGCGAGAAACCCUACACAUGCUCAGUAUGUGGGAAAAGCUUCAGCCAGAGCUCAAACCUGAUUGCACAUGAAAGAAUCCACACAGGAGAGAAGCCGUAUCAGUGCUCUGAUUGUGGCAGGAGUUUCAAUUGCAGCUCCAGCCUUAUUAGACACCAGAGAAUUCACACUGAAGACAAACCAUAUGAGUGUUCAGACUGCAGGAAAAGCUUCAGCUGUAGUUCCAGCCUCAUUAGACAUCAAAGGACUCAUACAGGAGAGAAGCCCUACAAAUGCACUAACUGUGGCAAAACAUUCAGCGUGAGUUCCCAGCUUAGUGUUCAUCUGAGGACCCACACGGGAGAGAAGCCAUACAAAUGCUCGGACUGUGGGAAAAGCUUCAGUGUGAGAUCGAGCCUCAGUGCCCAUGAGAGAAUCCACACAGGUGAGAAACUUUUUAAAUGUACAGACUGUCCAAAGAGUGUCUACUUGAGAUCUAGUCUGAACACCCACAAAAGAAUCCAUGGAGGAAAAAAGCCGUAUGACUGUGCAGACUGCAGGAAGAGCUUCACUUGCAGCUCAAAUCUCAUCAGACACCAGAGGAUCCAUACGGGUGAGAAGCCUUACAACUGCACAGAUUGUGGGAAAAGCUUCACGUUGAGUUCCAACCUUAUUGCCCAUCAGAGGACACAUACAGGAGAAAAGCCAUACCAGUGCUUGGACUGUGGCAAAUUCUUCAGUGUGAGUUCUCAACUCAAUGUUCACCAGAGAAUCCACACAGGAGAGAAGCCAUUUGAAUGUUCAGCCUGCGGCAAGAGCUUUACUUGUAGUUCUGGCCUUAUUAGACAUCAGAGGACUCACACGGGAGAGAAACCUUAUCAGUGCUCAGACUGUGGUAAAAGGUUCAACUUGAGUUCGAAUCUCAUUACACACCAGAAGACCCACAGAGGGGAGAAACCAUACAAAUGUGUGUACUGUGGGGAAAGUUUCUAUACAAGACCAAAUUUUGUUGAGCAUCACAAAGUCAGCCAUGUGGAUGCUAUAAAUAUGAAUACAGACAACAGCAGCAUUAAGAAGAAUUCCCAAUCAAUUAACUACCAAAUAAAUUAUGUAGGAUGGGAUUGAUAA